CGCUAUCAAGCCAGGUCCCGCACAGCUUCUCCGACUCGACUCCGCAUCAUAAGUGACCUGAACCACCAAAACAUCCACUCUCGGAUGGGAUCCCUCUUACUCCCCCGCAAGCUUAUCCUUAAUUCCUGAUCAGCCCAUUUCCAACCGAUAAAAAAAAAAUAAAAUAAAAAUUUCAUGUCCGUCCGAGACCCCGUCCCCGCCAUGUCCGCCGCCCUCAAAGGCGCCCAGAUCUACUUUGGCCCAUUCCUCGUCACAUCCCAGGUCUUCCACCUCACCCCGCUCUCCUUCGCCCUCGUAAACCUCAAACCCAUCCUCCCGGGCCACGUCCUCGUUUCCCCGCGCCGGCGCGUUCCCCGCGUCGCGGACCUGACGGCCGCCGAAACGAGCGAUCUCUUCCUCACCGUGCAGCGGGUCGGCAAGAUGGUUGAGCGCGUGUACGGCGCGUCGAGUCUAAAUAUUGCUGUGCAGGAUGGGCCGGAGGCGGGGCAGAGCGUGGCGCAUGUGCAUGCGCACAUCAUCCCGCGGAAACGGGCGGAUCUGGACCAUCGGGGCGGGAUGGAUGCGGUGUAUGGUUUGUUGGAUGGAGAGGAGGGGGAUCUGAGGCGGGCGUUUGGGGAGGGGAAGGAGGGGGAGAGGAUGCCGAGGGCGAAGUUCCCUGCGGUUGAUAAUGAGGGGCGGUCGCCGAGGAGUAUGGAGGAGAUGGAGGCUGAGGCGGAGAUGUUGGCGAGGGAGAUGGAGAGGAUGGAGAGGGAGGUUGUGAAGUGAUCAUGGCGGUGGCUUAUAGCUGGUUCUAUAACAUACAUGAAGAAUACAUACUAGAUGCUAUUAGGAGCUAUAAACCGUGCCUCGUUGAAUGUC